AUGAAGUCUAAACUCUCACACGAUUUGUACGUCAAAAAUCUUAACUCUAUACGUUGGUAUGCUUCGUUUGUUGGUCUGGAUAUCAUGGAACCUGACUAUAAGCCAAAUAUUUUGACCGUUUUGGCAUUGGGCGGAGUAUCUCUCACAAUAUUCAGUGAAUUUUACACCGUAUGGUACUAUUGGCCCAACUUGGUCAAGCUCAUGGAAUCUGCAGCCAUAUAUGGAAUAUUGAUUCAGGGCAUAACUAAAUUCUACACCGCUCUACGUUAUCGCAAGUUUUUUGAGGCGAUGUACAACCGUUUGGAUACAUUUCACUAUGAACAUCGACAGCACGAAAAGAAUAAUGCCACUCUUCUCUUACUAAUGCAACGAAUUCGUUUGGUGACGAAACUUAUCUUGAUACAAUUUAUUUUCACCAUCUUUAUUCUCGUUAUGGCACCCAUCGUACAGUAUGUACUUUACAGCAAAAAAUUCUUACCAUAUGCCAUUAUCUUAGCCUUCACCGAUCCAGAAAUUAUGUCACACUUUUUACUGAAUCUCGCCGUACAAUACUAUCUGCUGGUGGUAGGACUUGCCGGAUUUGUAGCAGCAGAAAGUGUACUAAUACUGUUUGUGACCAGCGUUGCUGGAUUCGCGGAUGUGCUGAAAAAUAAGAUUGACGAAAUGAAUACUGUACUGCUGGACAAUGAGCACAACAAAGAUCGAACCGCAGUCAAAACUAAGCUACGGGAAAUAUUGAUGCUUCAUCAGCGCGUUUUGGAGUACGAAAAUGAUCUCGAAAAACGUUACUAUCUCAACAAUUGGGUACAAGUAGCAUCGAGCGUUUUUAACCUUACUGGAGCUUUGUUCGGAUGUUACGUAAGCAACAGCUUUACCAUGUACGCGUUGGCGAUCGCAGUAGUUAUUCAACUGUUUGAGCUCUGUCUGCUCGGUACCAUCCUGAGUAUUAAGAAUGAGGAGAUUGAGCAUGCUUUCUAUAACUCUUUGUGGUAUCUGAUGGACCGUGCAGAAAAAAAGGACUUUAUGAUCAUGUUUCACAAAAGCCAACAUGCGAUCGAAAUGACCGUCGCUAGUAUGGCUCCGUUGAACGUCGUUCUCUUUAUUGCUAUAAUGCAAAAGAUUUAUGCGUUUGCUAUGAUGCUGAUGAGCUUUUUUGAAUAA